CCGAAAAAUUAUUACUAAGAUUAAAAUCGAUAAGCUCUCAAUGCAAUCGAAGUUCGUUUUCUCUUUUUCGGUGUGGACUGAUCAUUGGGCUGGGGCCUUUCCAUUUGGUGGUGGAUCAGUUGGUUUAUUGGAUUUGAACAAAUAAAGACUUUAAGCCCAGCCCAUUCAAUCUCAAACAAAAAUCCAACUCCAAAGCCCACCACUCUUCACACGUGAAUUCUGAUUCACUCCAAGAUACUCGGCCACCAAUUCACCAUCAUCAUCAACCUCAGUCUUUUGCUUCAAGUCAAUCAUCAUUCAUAAUUCUCCCCCAACCUUAUCAAUCUCCAACACUCCGCCAUUGUUAUGUACACUGCACCAUCAUCUUCUUCAUCUUCUUCUUUCGAAUUCUCCCUUUUCAUCUCAACCACCACCAUGCCCAUCAAUAAAGUCAAAGUCAAAGUCAAACCCACCUCCCAUCUUCAUCUCCUCCAUCUUCUCCCCAUUCUCUCAAUUCUCUUCCCACUGAGUCAAUCAAUCCUCCAGAAACCACCUCCCCUCCCGAUCCUCCCUCUCCCCUCCGCUCCCCAGCUCCAAUGGCAGCUCUCCGACAUGGCCAUGUUCCUCCAUUUCGGGCCCAACACCUUCACCGACUCCGAAUGGGGCACCGGCCACGCAGACCCAUCAGUCUUCAACCCGACCCGAUUCAACGCCACCCAGUGGGUCCAAGUCGCCAAAGACUCCGGCUUCAACCGCGUCAUCCUCACCGCCAAGCACCACGACGGAUUCUGCCUCUGGCCUUCGAACUACACCAAUUACUCCGUCAAAUCCAGCCCCUGGAGGAACGGGAAUGGCGAUGUGGUCGGCGACCUAGCCGCCGCCGCCAGCAAGCUCGGAGUCUCAUUAGGGCUCUAUCUCUCCCCCUGGGAUCGCCACGAGGAUUGCUACGGCAAGACUCUGGAGUACAAUGAGUUCUACAUGGCUCAGAUGACAGAGUUGUUGACUGGGUAUGGUGAGAUUAAGGAGGUGUGGUUGGAUGGAGCAAAAGGGGAAGGGGCUAAAGACAUGGAUUACUAUUUUGAUACCUGGUUUGAUCUCAUUCAUCAGCUGCAACCUGGAGCUGUGAUCUUCUCUGAUGCUGGUCCUGACACUAGGUGGGUUGGUGAUGAAGGUGGUGAAGCUGGCUUCACUUGCUGGUCUCUCUUCAAUAGGAGUGAUGCCAAGAUUGGUGGCACUGAUACCAGAUAUUCGCAGGGUGGAGACCCGUAUGGGCACGACUGGGUGCCUGCAGAGUGUGAUGUCUCUAUCCGACCAGGAUGGUUCUGGCACCCGUCGGAAGCACCCAAGUCUGCGAGGCAGCUUCUCGACAUUUACUACAAAUCUGCAGGCAGAAAUUGUCUCCUGCUGUUGAAUGUCCCUCCGAACACUUUGGGUCUCGUAUCAUCUGAAGAUGCGAGAGUGCUUCGUGAGUUCUACGAGCUACGAAGGUCCAUAUUCUCGUACAACCUCGCUGCUAACUCCACUCCAACCGCCAGCAGCACGAGGGGUGGCAGCAGCAGUUCUCGGUUUGGGGCUUACAAUGUGUUGAGAGAAGGUGUGUAUACGUACUGGGCACCUGAGGAGAAUCGGUCGAAUUGGACGAUUCAUAUGGACCUUGGAGGACCGGUGUCGUUCAAUGUGUUUCGAGUUCAGGAGCCGAUCCAGAUGGGGCAGCGGAUCAUUGCUUUCCAUAUGGAGGUGCUGAAUGCAGCUGGGCAAUGGAAGGUAGUAGCAAAGGGAACCACGGUCGGAUAUCAGCGGCUGUUGCAGUUCAGAACUGUGCAAGCUAAGCAGUUGAGGUUUGUGGUGGAUGGGAGCAGGGGAGAUCCGCUUGUAGCUUAUAUUGGUGUUUAUAAGGACCAGUAUUUGGACAGCGGAAGUUCGCAACGAUUCUUCAAUGGCACCGCCAGUCAAGUGAUCCUGGAAAAAGUAGGCUGCAAACAUUCUCAUCUAGCUGCAGCAGUGUAACAAAUGUGCUCUUCUCAACUCAUAACUUGUAUGUAAUAAGAUGACGUACCAAUC